UCAACCUUUUAACUUCCCCUUAGCAACUGAGUGGCGCUUCCUGGUUCCCCUAGCAACUGAGCGACGCUUCUACUGCGCUAACCAACCCGAUAGCCUGCGCUUGAAAAGAUCCAGUUGAUCCCAGAUUGUUGUUUCCUGGGACAAUCCUGGAUCUGUUUCUCCGUGAGGGGCUACUCCGCUGAUGGUGGCACAUUCCCCACUUCCUACCUGUAGUCUUCACCAGCAAAACUAUCAACAGGGAAGAUGAACUGGCUCUACAACUCAUUGGAGCCGAGAGUGAUGGACGAUGACAUGCUGAAGCUGGCUGUCGGGGAGCAGGGCCCACAGGAAGAGGCCGGGCUGCUGGCCAGGCAGGAGGGCAUCCUCUUCAAGGACGUCCUCUCCCUACAGCUGGACUUCCAGAACAUCCUCCGAAUUGACAACCUCUGGCAGUUUGAGAACUUGAGGAAACUGCAGCUGGACAAUAAUGUCAUUGAGAGGAUCGAGGGCCUGGAGAAGCUCAUACACCUGGUCUGGCUGGACCUGUCCUUCAACAAUAUUGAGGCCAUCGAGGGGCUGGACACCCUAGUGAACCUGGAGGACUUGAGCUUAUUCAACAACCGCAUCUCCAAGAUUGACUCUCUGGAUGCCCUGGUCAAGCUGCAGGUGCUGUCGCUGGGCAACAACCACAUCGGCAACAUGAUGAACAUCAUCUACCUGCGGCAGUUCAAGGACUUACGAGCGCUAAGCCUCUCUGGGAACCCUGUCGCCGAGUCAGAAGAUUAUAACAUGUUCAUCUUGGCCUACCUUCCUGACCUCGUGUACCUGGACUCCCGGCACAUCGACGACCACAUGAAAGGGCUGGCGGAGCUUAAACACCAGUUCAGCAUUGAUGAGCUGAAGCACCGGGAGAGCCUGAUUCAGGCUAGGCUGGAGGAUGAGCAGGCCUGGCGGGAGAAACUGGAGGAGCACAAGGCUGCGUUUGUGGAGCACCUGAAUGGCCCCUUCCUGUUUGACAGCAUGUACGCAGAGGACGUGGAGGGUAACAGGCUGGCCUGCCUGCAUGGUGCGGGAGAGCUCCUCGAAGCCUACAAGGACAAAUUUGUCAUCAUCUGCCUGAACAUUUUCGAGUAUGGACUAAAACAGCAGGAAAAGCGGAAAGUGGAGCUUGACACCUUUAAUGAGUGUGUGCAGGAGGCCAUCCAGGAGAACCAGGAAUGGGGCAAACACAGGAUCGCAGAGUUUGAGGAGAAGCACCUGCUGAGCUUAAGUGCCAUCCGAGAUGAGUCUGAACUGAGCAACCUCGAGAAGAAGAUAGCGGAGUGCAGCAAGGACAUCAGUGAGCUGUUCAACACACUCAUGACCCUAGAGAUGCAGCUGGUGGAGCAGCUGGAGGAGACCAUAAACAUGUUUGAAAGGAACAUCAUCGACUUGGUGGGGCUCUUUAUUGAAAAUGUCCAAAGCCUAAUGGCACAGUGUCGGGACCUGGAGAACCACCACCAUGAGAAGCUCCUGGAGAUUGCCAUCAGUGCUCUUGAGAAGAUGGUCAAGGGCGAGCUGGAUGAGGACCUGCCUGAUGAAGUCCGGGCGCUUUUUGUGGACAAAGACACAGUUGUCAAUGCUGUUGGGUCAUCACAUGACAUCCACCUCCUGAAGAUCGACAAUCGAGAAGAUGAGCUGGUGACCAGGGUCAACUCCUGGUGUACACAUUUAGUGGACAAGAUUCAUAAGGAUGAGAUCAUGCGGAACCGCAGGCGAGUGAAGGAAAUCAACCAGUACGUCGACCACAUACAGAACGAGCUAGACAACCUUGAAUACAGUGACAUCAUAGAUUAGGGGUGUGUCAGUGCAGAAGGCUCCUGUUGAAAACAGCACUUAACCCUGACCAGGGGAGUACCCACUUCAUCGACUGCCUCAGUAGGGAGUUACUGAGGAUUUCUCAACCCACACCCUCAUAAAGUUGUUUCUCCACCACCCCUGGGAAAAUUUUCAAAGGUACAGAAAAAUAAAGGAGUUAUGUUA